AUGGAUGAAGAAGUUAUGUGGAAAACAUUAUACGAAAAAAUACAACAAGAAAAAUUACAAGAAAGAGCUGAAACAGAACACGAAAUAAGAAUACAAGAAUUGGACAAUGGAUUUUUCGAAAAAUUCGGAACGGAACUUUUACACAAGGAACAAGCAAAAGUAUCUCAAUCUGGUAUUACUACUACCAGUACCGGACAACCUUUGGAUGGUGACAGCGGCGUCGGCGAAGAAAUAACGACGAUUCCUUCAUUAUCAUCAUCAUCAUCAUCAUCGGAUGAAGAUGAUUCUGAUGAAUCAGAUCGGGAAGAGACAAAUAAAGAAUCAUUCAUUAGCGAUGCGUUCGGAUGGAACGUAAGUUAUUUGAAAUUAUUUACGUCAAAUUAA